AUGUCAAUUUUUGUGAAUUCGAUGUUAAAAAAGUCUUGUAGUUACAGUUUGCGCACUGUCGUGCCAUCUCGGUCGAUAUAUGUUACACAAGUUCAACAACUCUAUUCUCAAGCAUCCCUAGGAAUUGAUGGCUACCUACACACAAGAAAGAAGAUAAAAGAGCAAUUUGCAAAUUUUACUGAUAAGUUUAGAACUAAAAUGACAGAAUUUGUCACAGAUCCAAAAAAUAUGAUAUUUACAGAAGAUCUUAAAAAUAUGAUACAUUUGGCAGAGCCUACUGAUUUGAAGCUUGUUACGAAUAUGAUCAAAAAGUUUAACUCGGAUAAUUCUGAAUUUCGAUUUGGGUCAUUUGUGUUUGGCCCUGUAGUGAUGAGGAUGUACCACUUUCUGGAUGCACCAAAUGAAGCCUUAAAAUGUUUUGAAGAUCCAAAUAAUAGUGGAUUUUUUGAUCAACUUGUUUCAUACCAAAUUUUAAUGGAUCUCUUAUAUAACCAUGAAAUGUAUGAAGAAAUAUACAGGGUGUUCGAAAGAAUAAAAGAGAGGCAAAUAAAUAUGACAAAAUUUCCUAAAUAUCCUCUCGUUUUAGUUUUUGCCUCUUGUUACAAACAGAAUACACCUCAAAGUUUGGAAUAUGCAUCAAAAUUGUGGUCAGAGAUGACAAGUGUUGGCACAGUUCCACUUAGAAGAACCAGCACAUAUUUUGCAGCACUCGCUCUCAAGCAAGGAAAACCACAAAUCGCUAUAGAAUCAAUAUCAUCAUUGAAACAACACUAUGUCACUAUCAGGAAUAUAAAGGUCAUGGGAUUAGCAGACAUGGACAGAGUGGAUGAUGCAUUUCCAGUCUUGCGAUCGGUUAUGGAAAUUGAUGUUCCAGAGCAGACUCACAAACACACAUUCUUUGAGGAAACGAUAUCGAGAGUACGACAGGCUGUUGAAAAGUCUAAAAAUCAAGAUGUUAAAAAAGAAUUUGAAAACAUUGAAAAAGCUUUAAGGGACCGUGGCCUUGUCGAUGAACAGACAUUGGAUCAGUUGCUGAAUUCAGAAAUAACAUUAACAAUGAAGAAGGAACAACCUCGAGGUAUUCCUUCGCAGAUCAAACGGUAUCCGUACUCCCAUCGUCAAAGGAAAAAUUUCAGUUCUUCCUGA